CUUAACUCUGCUUUUCCCCAUCAAAAGAAUAAACAGGCUAAUAAUAAUGAUAGAUAGAUUUCAUAAGCGCAUGCACUGCUUCUUGCACAAGGCGUUUCAAUUGGUAAAUCAAGCCAACAUGCAGUUUUCCAUACUACAUGGAAAUCAGUUGGUGAAACAGCACCCCAAACGUGAUUGAUUGAUGAAGUCACAUGGAUUGGAGACUCUUCCACACGCAGCAUCUUCGAGAGAAGUUACUUAUGCAAACAAAAGAAUGUCAUUAAUAAUAAGAACUUGUAAAUUGAAUAAUAUGAAGAAGUCGGACUAUUAUCAUCAGAAGAUGCAUGUACUUCUUUCUUUAGUCAUUGGAAACUGCUUAUUCAUAGAAAAUUGCCCCAGUCCAUAAUUCAAAAGGCUGCCCAUUCAAGCCAGUCACACAUCCCAUACAUGCCGCAUACUCUAGCACUUCCUGCUAACCAUCUUACCUGACAGGUAUCUAUAGUUAAUUAUAGCACAGCACGUACCCACCAUAUUACGUGAAGCCACGACCUUGAUUUUGUUCUCAUUAACCACCCGUCUUUGAAUGUCAUGCCUUCACCAUUUCCUGAUUUUAUUGAAGUUUUCUAAAACAUUUAGCAUACAAAAUUUAAAAGUACAAAAACGUAUUCUAACCUAAUAGAUUAUUUCCCCGGCCAAAAUAGAUAAUUUCUGUGGUUCAUUUUAACGUGAAAUCAUGUAGUGACCAGAGCAAAAAGAAAGAAAGAAAGAUUCUAAGUUAUUCAUUCAUUCAUUCAUUUAUUCAUCCAUUCAAGAGAGAGAGAGAGAGAGAGAGAGAGAGAGAGAGAGAGAGACCCAACCAAGCACAAACUCAUACUUCGUCAUGGUGAGCUUUUGAAGAGCGAAGUUGCUUCUGCCUGCCCUAGUUAUGAGUGGAAAGAGCAAGAAAGUCAAUUUCGGUGUAGAAAGUUGACUUAUUUAGUUCCAAUCCCACUGAAGUGUGUGUGUGUGUGUGUGUGUGUGUGUGUAAAGGGAAGAGAGAGGCCGAGGAACCCUGCGUGUGGUUCAUUCAGCGCCGGAACGUCAUGCAGGAGAGUCACAGGCUACAAUAGGUCUCGUCUUAGCGUUGCUGGACAAAAAUUUCAGAACUAUUUGAGUCGUGCAGUUCAUCGGAGAUAUUUGCAAGAUAAGCCUUAUACUCGAUUCGCUGUGCUUCCUUCUCUGGGAGCGCCUCAAUAUGCACAGAGAAGCCUGAAGCUGUGCCGCGCGUCGCUCUGCAACAAGAAGGGGCGGCACAAUGGUAUCAAGGCAUCUUGCUGUUGUUGGAGUGAUUCUUCUACUGGAGAUUCAUCCUGUUCCUGCCAACUUUUUCACAGCGUCAGGUAGAGCAAAGACCAAUCUUGUGAACACCACCAAGGAAGGACCCGAGUGGCAGACUGAGACCAACUAUGUGGAUGACAUGCGCCUGGGGAGGUCAAGACCCUUCGUGCCAUUCAACAGCUUAACAUUUUCUACUGACUCUUCAUCUCCGUCUUCCUCGUUCUCAUGGGUGCCCCCUAAUGUGGAAAACAUAAGACAAAAAAUUGCCAACAGCAAAUUGGCAGGCAAAAAGCCAGAGCUUCUCAAACAAGUGGCUGUACCACCAGCACUUGCAGCGAUGGUAAACUCCACGCCCUCUCCGCGUCCCUCAUCGCUGGUAGGGCUGACUAACUACUCUCGCCCUGAUGCACUUCACCAAAGUUGGGAUGACAUUAGUACUCCCUCACGCUCUCCUCAAGCCACUCACAAUAUCUUCAAUAAUCCAGACACGAGAACAUCUGCCAGUACUGAAGCUAGCAAGAGCAAGUGGCCUCCGCCCACCACUACAGUGAGGCCAACACUCUACACCUGGAGCACUGUUUCAAACAAUGAAGUGACGAAAACACCUCCUUCACUCGUCAGACCACCUUACAUGUCCAUUCUCCAUACCAUGAAGCCUUCCCCUUUCGCUGUAAGUCUGCCCUCAGUGGUUAUCAGUGUAGCGCGCCCUUCGUCACCGAGGCCGUUUUCCUUCGACAGGCCUUCCUCCUCCCCAGCAAGACCCCCAUCUGUCGUACUCCUUUCACCAAUCAGGACCUCCCAACCACCACCAAUUAGGGCCUCCACACCACCACCAACCAGGGCUUCCACACCACCACCAACCAGGGACCCCACACCACCACCAACCGGAGUACCCACACCACCACCAACCAGACUCCCUCCUCCACCACCAACUAGGUUCUUUCCACCACUACCGCCAACCACAACCAGACUUCCACCGCCUCCACCAACCAGACCUACUCUGCCUUCACUUACCAGACUUCCACAACCAACCAGACGUCCAGCACCACCUUCUAGAUCUCCACCACCUCCGCUAAUAAGACCUUCUCAACCACCAACUAGACUUCCACCACCUCAACCAGCCAGACGCCCUCCACCAACAACUACUCCCACACCAGCAGUUGCAUCAGUAUUACCCCCAGUCGGGCCACCUACCCAACCCACACAGUCACCAGCUCUCGUCUCUGCAGUCACGUGGUUCCCCCAGCCUCAAGUGUUCACUUUUCCUAGCACCACACCCCCGGUCUCCUCGGCACAGGGAAUUGUAACCUGGUUCCCCCCUUACACCAAACUCUCCCCUGCCAAUAGUAGCGACACGGCAGCCACUUCUAAGCCAGGUUCAUUCUCUCUGCAUUCAUCCUUCCCCUCCACUCCUCCUCCUCCUCCUGGACCGACUACGUCAAAAUUAACUCAGUCUCCAGUAUUAAAAUACCAUGCCAGGCCUGGGAGUCUGCGCCCCUCUAUCAUAACGUGGCGGCCGAGUUAUGAACCGAUUACUGUCAAGCAGCCUUCUACUUUAGCCCAAAGUGGCGGCCUUCUCGUCACCUUCACUCCCAGGCCUCUGAAUACCGUCCAGGAAGACACAACACUCUCCCCGCCCGCUCCCUUGUCCAAGCCACCUCCGUUAAAAUCCUCUACAGUCUCAUUUGCCAACAAUUAUCCCUUUAGAAUCCAGACACAAUGGAACUCAUUUUCACAGGGGUUAACACGCCGUCCUCCCCUCAGGCUGACCAAAGCUCCUGGGGGUGUCACACCAACACCUGCUUCCCUUGCUGUGCAGUAUGCCAGUGCUCAAGCAGAGACGCAAAACACAAAGAAAGGAGAGCCACACACACCACUCACUCGACCAUCGCCACGUCCAUUACCAGGCACGGUCACGAUCCUUCCUGGUGACAGUCAAGUUCUACAGCAGGUCCUCAAAGACAUGACGGACGAGGAGGACACAGUUAUGGUUAAAAAAACUUCUUCCACUCCUCAACUUACAAAGCGGCCGAGUGUGAACUCUUAUCCACCUGCAGAAUUACUGACAGGAGGAUAUCUGGUGAAGGGGGGCGUGUCAGGUCUCACUAAUCAAGAAGCAGAGAUGCUCCCCGAAAAACAAGGUGUUGUGAAUUCUGUUAGUGGUGUAUCAUCUUUGUCGCGACCUAUAUCAGCAUCAAUAGUCACCACCGCCGCUAGUACCACUACUCAAACCAGUUCAGCUGCGAAUCCUUAUUUAACUUCUCAGUCUACCACUUCAGUAACGACUGCGCCUACCAGCCUACCGUCCGCUCCCUACUGGUACACUUCCCCAUCCGGCGCCACUCAUCCACUGCCACCAUCCACCAAGCUUCCGGCUUUACACCACACCCACACAACAGUUUUCGCGUCACCGGGGACUUCACUUGCUGGGCUCCCCGCGGGAAGUCACCAGGGCAUGCCACACCACCACCCCCACACCCCGCCCACCGCUCAAGAAGGUAACGUCUUCUAUGACUUUGAGUACAACACUAAUGAGGACGAGUUAAGUGAGUACUACUCUGCUUAUGAUACUGUCGGGGUUGAGCAUGGACACAACUUGACGUGCGUCGUGGCUUCUCAGAGUCUUGGUGUUUCCCUGCCACAGUUUCCUGAUCUUCAAAUCCUCACUUGGCCUUACACUGUUACUCCAGAUCCGAAGCCUCCUUUGUCUCUCCAGACAACCUCUUCAACCACUUCAAGACUAAACAAGGACGACUUUAACAUUAUGACUGAGACAUAUCCUUACCAAGACGUCACCACUCCUCAAUACCCUUCAAAGGCCACACCUCUAAAGUCUCCAUGGCCAUCUAUCCUUCCCUUUCUCCAUCACCAGCAUUCAGACUUGCUCCAGUCUUUUACUUCAACCCCUUUACCAUUUUAUUCUGAUUCGCAGUCAGAUCAGCUGCCAAUUAGUAGUGGCGGCGGUGCCGAGUAUACAGAACAUCACAACACAGUGGCGGCGCACCACCUCGCACCACCGUUAUUACCUCCAUUACUUGGAGAAGCUUUAUCAACGCAGAGCUCCAGUGCAGCUGAUGCCGCUCAGUACCUUCAGCAGCUGACCCCAUUGGACAUUGCCACCACUCAUGGACUCGGCGCUCUGCUGCAGUACCUCCCACACGACAGUCUGUUAGAUGUAAAAGACGCUAUACAGGACCAGAUCAACAACGGUCCCAUUGCGCCACCUUCGCAACCCCUCCACCGUUACCCGUACACCAGCCCCGUCUCUGACUACGUCUUGCAGAAUUUCGGAAUCCUGGAUAUUCAUCACUCGACAGAGGUGCCCCCGUCCAUUCCUGCCAAUACUUUUCUAACCACACAGCGUCCACCAAUCAACUAUGCUCCAGCUGUGACAAGUGGUGGCUUCUUGGGUCGUCCCAAGCCACAGGGACACAAAGAAGUACUGCCACCCUCUCACCUGACCACCUUUCCCUUCCUCAACCCACUCAGGCCGUCACACUCCAGCUACCACAGCCAGAUCGUCAAAGAGGCGACACUGACUCCCCAUCCUCUUCAUCCUGUCAAUAGCGUAACGGAAAAGACCGCCACCACCACUUCCUCUUACUCGCACGCAGUCGCCACUCCUUUACUAACCUAUAUCCCCGUUUCUCCUCCUACUUUGCCUCCUGCUCCCUUGUUGAGUGCCGCACCAAACGGGAAUUUCGUUGGAGGGAAUGGGGGUGGACGAGGUGGCAAUAAUAAUAAUAAUAAUAAUAAUAAUAAUAAUAAUAAUAAUAAUAAUAGUAAUAAUCGUAUUAGUAGUAAUGAUAGAAUUCAGGAACCAGUGGUGAGUCCUGCCUCUCUCACGCUGACAAACACUACAACUCCCUCCCCGGCAGCCUCCAGUACUACACCUGCAACACCACCACCACCACCACCUAGCCCUACACCUCUCUCAACGCCCUUACCACUCCCUCCAGCCCCACUGCCAUACACACCUUCCUAUAUUUCUUUCCUUCCUCCUUACCCAAACUUUUCGUCUGAUUAUCUGUCUUCUCUUCCCUAUCACUUUUCUUCCUUUUCUCCUCUGUUCACCAGCUCGAUGACACCGCCCUUGUCGCCCUCUCCUUUCGGCCUUUCAUACCACCCUUCAGUCAAUGCAAACACAUCUCUAUCUUCUUUUAUAUUUCCUCCUCAUUUUUCUUAUCUCUCAACUCUUACUUCAACUAACGAAAACAAAAUAGUCUCCUCUAUUAUUCCCAAUUCAGUAAUUGAAAGCAGUGAAGCGCCAGCAGCCCAUCACCACCGUGCCCCACCCGUGCUGGUGAGGGUGUGGGAGCUGUUGGAGGGGCAGCCUGUCCUAGUGGAUCAAAUACCGAUGCAUGAGUCCGUAUUCCCGUCGCCUUCUUCCCUCAGUGGUGCCAAGACGUUUGCUGAACUGGUGCCAGAACCGCUCGCCGAGACAGUUGCGGAUGUGGAAAAUUCCUCUCUUCUCCGCUCUGCCCCUCGCGCCAAACGCUUUGUCCCUGCUAACUGCUGUCCUCCUCUGGCUUCAGCUGGAUGGCAGCAACGUGAUGAAGCACACCCAACACAGAUCCCAAAGUCUUCGUCAUCUCUUACAGUUGGCUUCGGCACGAAUCAUGUAAUCGAUCUACUGGUUCCCUCGCGUGGCCUCGCCAGUAAUAACCCGCAUGCCAAUAGAGGGACAAGUGCCACAGGUUCCAACAUUCAUUAUCCACUGGAUUUGGAUUUCCAAGGAAACCCGAUAUCAGGCUUGAUGGCAUUACCCUCCUCAUCUGGCACACCACCGAGACUUACAAAGGUCAGGACCACGAUGAGGUCACCAGCAACAUUCCCACAACAGCCUGUAUCCAGCGUUGGAAAAAAUAAGUUUCAGAGGUUCUACUCAGCUUUUAGUAGCCCUAGCAGAUGGCCACACAAGACUGGCAUCUCACCCACUAUAUAUUUCGGAGGUGUUGGUAACCCCACGUAUAACCAUUUACCACUGACGGUGGGAAUGAAAAUAAAAGGAGAGUUCGUCCGCCACCAACUUCUUGCCCACAUAAGUGACUACUUAGAAAAAUCUUCAUCGCCAAAUUAUGCUUCCGUCCAGUCAGCCUCAGCCAUUCCUGUCAGCGGCGGCCAGCAAUUUGGCGGGCUCAGAGAUGACAGUCCCUAUGAACAUUCUUGGAUUAGUGCAGUGCAGCCACUGCCCAGAGACACUGCAUACCAUGAAUCAAUCUUCAAGUUGUUUCCGGAGAACCCGACACUUGUAAAUUCGUUAUUGGCUAGCAGGUUUGACAAUUCUCACCGUCAACCCUUCCACUCUCACCCCUUAAAAGCACCACUGCCCACCCGCAACACCUUAUGGGAAGGUCUCCAGCGCCAUGUGAUGACCAGUGCUAAGGUACCUUCCAAUUACCAAAGUAAUCAGGGUCUUCUUGGUCAUAGACACUCUUCUGUCCACAAUUCUUUAGUGAAGUACCCACCCACAAUGCACCCCAAGUCCGCUAUUCCCUUCGGCUAGUUUUCAUUCCAUCCUUCACUUUCCAGCAGUUUCAGCACCACAAAUCUCUAGGACCUUGACAUAUUGCGUCGGUAAAUGACGCAAUCAAACAUACAUACUCGUACAUACAUUCACCAGCCCGUCAGAACACCCAGUCACUCCUCUCACUGCCACGUCCCAUCCCAUGUUGCAUAAUUUUCUUGCGCUUCUAUAUACAUAUCCAUUCAUUCCUAUCCCGUUACAAUAUCUUACAGGCCAUGAGGUAUUUAAAUUCCGUUUCUCCUUUCCGUCCUGUGAGACGAUUGAUUGAUUGAUUGACUCCAGUCACUCAAAAUCAACAUGAGGCACGGCCUCUCGGAAAUCUUGUGCUUGCUGGAUGUCGUUGUGUUGCUUGUCUUUACUGUAUCCAGAUCCACUCAGCCUUCUCACAUACAUACCUCGGAUGCCAUCUCUAGUUCUUUGUUUCCUUUCCUUAUUGGUUUCAGACUCUGUCAAUGUUGGGAGAAUCUACCAGAUACCUACAGACCCGAUGCCAUUAAUUGAAGACGAUGCGGAUGAAUGGAACAACCGCUGAUGUCUUCAUCCUGAUUUGAAAUAUGGCCACCAUUGGCAGCAAACAAGUAACUCUGACGCUUAUCAUCAGUGAUGCAAUUCACAUAAUGGAAGAAAGACUGUAUCAAGAUGCUCUGCACAGCCUGACGGAGACUUGCUUGUUCCAGAGUAAUCUUUUAGAAAUAUGUUUCAGUAAAUACCAAAUGGGAAUCUAUGCUCUGUCUUCCAGCACUUCACUGUCCUUGUGCUUCAGUUUCGACAAAACUUUUCUCUUGAAAGAUAAGAUUCAAAAUGUUUCAUCACUAUUUUCAAAGUGACUUGUCAUCUCUGAUUACACAAAAGUAAGCUUGAUUUCUUAAGAUGUUACCAAUACAUUUAUGCAUGCAUGUCUACAAAGCUGUGACAAUGCUGAGUAACGUUGAAUGAUCUUUCCUUCCUGUCGCCUUCCCUCUAGAGAUGUUUGAGAUUGGCUGAGGUUGGCUUUCAGAGCGGUAAGGAUUAAUGG